AAUACAGUAACGGUAGAAGGCACUAGGAGGAGGUUAACCUGAAUGGUUGCACUUGGCAGUAUAAAAAAGCUAUGCAUCAAAACAGAUUCUGAAUUUUUGGUAAAGAGUGCAUCUCACUGGAGCAAGGCUGGCUGCACUUUAGAGGCAGGUGGUAGCUGGGCCCAGAAUCAAGAAGAUUACAAAGUACUAUACGAUGCAAUAACGGACAGUGGAAUGGAAAUCAGAUGGCAUUAUGUUCCUGGACACAGUGGUAUUGAAGGCAACCAGAAAGCAGAUGCACUCGCAAGAUUGGGAGCCCAGAUGAGUGCAAACGAUGCUGGUGAUGCUACACUCUCUGAGAAUUUGAAAUCCAAAGAGAAUUACAGUAGAUAUUACUGA